GUCAAGCGUCUAUUUGAGUAAUACACUGUGAAAUAUGGCGAUUUUCAGAUGGUUAUAUCGGAAAAGGCACAUACUCUUCGUGUGUUUAUGCGCUUCUACGUUUUGGAUUGGCUAUCUGUUUCUUUCGCUUCCAAAUAACUCGAAUAAGAUUGGAAAAUCUUCAGUAACAUUACAACAACGUAAGGAUGUUGCCAGUGUGAAACCACCAGAAAACAGUCUUUCUCGCACAAAGUUUUCAUCUCCAUUUGACACUGGUAAAGCUGAGAAGAAGGAUGUACCAGAAAAUAAACCACAAAUCCUUCCUCCUAAAGAGCAGCCAGUCAUUCUUCCAAAGGAGGAACCUAAAAAACCAGUGGAAGAAAAGAAAGAGCCGUCUGUUAAAGAAACAGUAAAACAGCCAGUUUUGGAUGUCAUUCCACAGAAAGAAAUACAAAAUGUUACUGUAAAGAAAAUAAUGAAUGAAACACAGACAAAAAAACAGGAAGGAAUGUUUGAAAAUUUUGGUGAAAAAUUAAAAAAUAAAACAAUAGAAGUUGGACAACAAGUGAAAAAUAAAACACUUGAAAAAUUAUCAGAUUUAGGAGUUAUAAAAAGUCUCAAAGUUCCAAAAUACUUACACAUUCCGGCUCCAUGGUCUUUAAAUCUUUCACUAGAAGACAUUGGCAAUGUAAUGAAAGAUACACAGUAUUUAAAUAAAGAGGACAAAAUUGACAUAAAAUAUCCAAAGUUGCUGUCAACAAAACAAAAUGUUACAGAGGGUAAUGUCACGGUGGCAUUAAGGAAGGUCACAAUGGCUAAUCGUGUGGGCUUCUGUGAUUGUGUCGACUACGACUGUAUGUGUUGUGCUCGUGUGACUGCCAAGAGGAUGCCCUUCAACAGGACGGCAUGUUCCAACAUUACCUACAUAUCCAAGUCUCAGGACUUUGACUUAAGAUUUUCCCUAGAUGGAAAACCCCUGUACAAAGGUGUAAUCUCGGCUGAGUCGCCACCAAAAGUCUGUCUGGGCUCUCUGACAAAGGUGGCAGCUCUGUGUGCUCGCUUCCUAAAUAUAACGUCAACUGUGAGUGUCCACGAAGAACACAAGCUACACGUAAUCGGCUGUCUGGAAUACAGCUUGACUCUCUACAAUAAAACUGUCAGUGCGUAUCCUGUGGAUUGCUUCGAGAUUCCAAGCCACCAACAUCACAAGAAAGAACAUGAAAAUCUCCGAAAUUUUGUCAACUUAGUGCCAUGAAUUUAUUUUAUAAUUUCUUUAUAUACCUUUGUUGAUAUUUUUUGUUUGAUUAUUCUAUCUUUCAGAAAAAGGCUUUAAAUAUAUAUAUAAGUCACUUUAAAUUUUGAUUAUCAGCAUUUAUUUAUUGAACUCCAACAAGAAAAUUUAGCGAAUAUCGCAGAUAUGCAUAUGUUAUAGAAUUAAACGUACAACUUGUAGUCCAGAACAUGGGAACAUUUUGUGUAUUUGAUGUAACAGUUUCUGUAAUUCAAGUACAAAAUUGUCCUCUGCUGGUGAACAUUUUCCCUUAUUCUUCCUGUCAAAUAUUUGACAGAAACUUAUUUGAUAAAGAAAAUUUUAUUUUUAAAAUAGGAAAAAUAUUAAAUAGCUUAUUAUAAUUCAACCACUUAAUUUUAAGUAGUCUGAAGAGUACAACAAAUUAUUUUGGCACGUUUGUGUUGUCGGAGAUAAAUGAAAACUUGUAAUCUAAAAUAUUGUCAACUCAAAGCCUUCAUCUUCUGUGACAUCAUGAAUUUAUGAUUACUGGGAUAUGUGGCAUUGAUAAUUAAUGGGUCAAGGGAUGACUAUUGAAAAUGUUUUCUUUCUCAGAUGAUCACUUUUAAUAAUCUGUUUGUAAUUCUUUGUGGAAAAUAUAUACCAGUACAUGUAAAGAAUACUUCUAGUGGUGUUAGCUGUUAGGCCCAAGUUAAGUUGUUUUUAGUUUUAUUUUGCUAGGAUCAAGUCAGUCUUCAUCCUAACAUAAUUCUAGACACCUGUUUACCGUAGCAGGUCUCUUUAAAAAUACCUGGUGGAAGACAGGCUUUAUGGUGACUUCAGCUUGAUACUAAAAACUGAACGAAUAUAAGACUAUUUCAUAUAAGGUCCAUUCAUUGUGCUUGUUGUUGGAAAUCUUAAAAUAGUAGAGUAGGAAUAUAAUAUAAAGUAUGUACUUCGUAACCUAUUUUAAUGAAGAAAGGCACCAAGUACUUUAAAUUCAACUUUAUCAAGAAAAGCAAAAUUAAAAUAUUUUAAAAGAUACUCUAUAAGUUUGAAGCUAGGUAGGCCCAUUAGUGUUCUUUUCUCAGACUUAAACAUUUGAACACAGUCUCCCCCAUAGAAGAAGUUGGCAACUAUCAUUUCAGUGAAAUAUUGUUUUAGGUUGUCAAUUGCAUCAGGUAUAUACAUUGUUUUCUACUUAAGUAGAACAAAACUUGAGGUGUUCAUUUUUAAUAAUUUUUUCUUUGGGAGUUUUAGGAGCUAUUCCAUUGGAAUAUCCAAUGGUAGGAUUCAAGAAAUAAUGAAAUCAUAUAUAUGUGAUCUUGGUGGGUUCUUGGGAAAAUGCAGCUUAUGAUUAUAUGGUACUACAUGUACAUAAAAUGUAUUUAAAUCAAAUUGUGUCUGUGAUUGUUUGUUUGAAUCCUCCAUUGAGUAGAUAUUUUACAGGAAUAAACCUACUAGUAAUUAUAACUGUAUAUCUAAUUUCACAAUGUUUUUUUAUUGUUUUGUUUUUACCAGUUUGACAUGUACAUAAUUUUCAGAUUUCGAUGAGAUGCAUGAUGCAAAAAAAGCUUGUUGUCAAGUUUUAUGUUGUAAAUGUAUCUGUGUGAAAUGAAUGAUUGUCCAGUUUUACAUUGUAAAUAUAUUAUUAAGUGUUUUUGUGAGAGAAUGACCAUAAACCUGUACUUUGUAAAUAAAGUGUUAAUGUGAGUGUCAAUUUGUACAAUGUAAAUACUUGUUGGUGGAAAAGAAUACUUAUUAUGUAUUUAUUUGUAUAUAAAAUGAUUUGUGUUUGCAAGGAAAUAAUUCAGAAUUAUUUAUUUUAAAUUUUGCAUUAUUAAAAGUCAUGGUAUGCUUGACAAACUUUUCAUAAACCUGUCAAAGACAAGUUGGGUUUGGAGAAGAAUCAUUAUUUAAGUUGACAGAAUUGAUGGUGUAUAUUUGCUGAGAAAACAUGGCCAACAUUUUAAAAUAUUAUUUUUCAUUUUUGCUCGCAGAAAAUAUUUUGACAAUCAGUCAUAUUGAAUAAUUGAAAAUGGUGUUUUGUUCAGGUAUAAAAUUAACAGUGGUGUAUAUGAUGUCCUCAACAGUGAGUCGUGCUACAUGUAGUUUUUGUUGAAUAUUCUGUUAUUUCUGUAAAUAUUUUAUUCAUUCAGCAUUUUUAUGAUUUAUUAAUCUUUAUACUAUUUAUUUUUGAAUUAUACCAAAAUAAUGAUAAUUUGUAGAAAAAAGUUUUGAGCGGAAGAAGUUGGUCUUGCACAUGUUUACUUUUGAUUUAGUUCAAAUUUACUUCUUCAUCGACAGCGUCAAUACCCUGAUUCUAACAAGACUGCAUGAAAUUGCACCAAAGAUAUAGAAAUAAAACAAUACCCAGCAAACUACAAAAAAUAAUCACCAAGUCCUAAUAAUAGUCAUUUAUAAGGUCAGCAAUUCCAUAAAGAUAAAAUAGCAGAGAACAAUUUAUUGUCUCUGGUUUAAAUGUCUUCGGUUUGCAUUGAGUUAAUUGUCCACUUUUGAAAUUAGAAAAUAAAAAGAGAAAAUCUUUAAGGUGGUAAUAGGAUAAUGAAUGUAACAUUUGUAUAAAAAUUACACAACAGUGUAUUCUUGUCGUUAAUGAUCCUAAUUUUUGUUGUCGAUGUAGCAACUUAAAGUUGCCUCAUGCAGGCACCAUCUCUUCAAGAUAGGUACAACAGGACAUAUCAUAACUGCUACUGCAAUCAUCAUUAUAUAUGGUUAUUUACAGUCCUCAAACCCAUUGUUGUAAAAUAACUCCUAUUGAUGAAAUCUCCAGAAAAUUUUAGAAUCCCGUCAUUUUAUGUCACUUUUUUUUAUCAGCUCCCUGGUAGAAAUCUUUACGAAAAUAACAAAUGUACAUGUAUUGUAUGAGAAACUUGUC